AUGCCCUCUAGCCUAACCGUGGUUGGUAGCUUUAACGCGCGUGAUCCGAGGACUGCUGAGGGGGGCUCGAUAUCAUCCCGCAAAAGCGAAUCUUCACAUCUUCAGGACUCUGCUAUGGCAAAUAAUAACAGUAACCAUGGCGUGAUCAAUUACGGCGCUAGUGAUCGCCUCGCGGAUGCCAACGGUGAGUCUGAUAGCGCAGCCUCUGGGUCGACAUUCCCUCCCGUCAUCACAGCGGGGUCUCGCUACCGUGGUCACAAAGAGGUUGACAUCAACAAGUGGGACGAGGAGGCCUCCCAACACCUCCUUACCAUGCGACGACCACCCGGCGAUCUCUGUGACUGCUUGAGUCCCUGGAGGAGGCUCUGUCGUCUCCGUUACCCUCCACCUCCACAAAAGAUGGCCGCGAAUGUUGAAAAUGGCUUUCCCUUGCCUUUUGGUGUCGUCUGGUUUGUGCGUGACUGUGCUGGAUGCGUCUGUAUGGUCUUUACUUGGCUCCUCAUUGCCUAUGGCGAGUUCGUUGUUGCCUGCAUUAUUUUGCCGCAACUCCCCUCCGCUGUAAUCGCUUGGAUCUUCGGUUUUAUCUACCACGUAUUCGCUCUCCUUGCCGUUGUCUCACAUCUCAAAGCUGUUUUUACCGACCCAGGCACGGUGCGUCUGGGCAACGCUACUCGUGAUGCUGUCAUGCGAAUAUACCUCGCAUCCGGUUCAAAUACUCCCCUGGUACGCUGUCCAAAGUGCCUCUGUAUCAAACCCGACCGAGCGCAUCACUGCAGCUGCUGCCGCCGUUGUGUUCGGAAAAUGGACCACCACUGCCCCUGGGUGAAUAACUGUGUUGGUGAGGGAAACCAAAAAUUCUUUGUACUUUUUAAUUUAUACAUAUUUCUACAAUCGCUCGCUGGAUUAGCGCUGAUCAUCUCUUUUUUCUUCUCUUGUUUCUCCGAAUUCGGAACAACCUGUAAGAACCGCCUAAUUUCGUCGUUUGGUGCGACCAAUAUCUCCUCUACCUCCCUCCCCUCCACCAUGCUCGCCAUCGGCGCGGGAUUCGAGGCUGUCCUCUUUGGUCUCUUCACCGUCGCAAUUGGGGGCACUCAACUCUGUGCCAUCUGCAAAGACGAAACUGCUGUGGAGAGUUUGAAGCGCAAUAAAGGGACGCCGAGGCCGCGUAUAUCAAAGAGGGAGACGUUGGCAAACGUGUUCGGACGGCCCUUCUCGUGGCGCUGGUUCAGUCCUUUCCACCCGCCGGCACCACUCACGCCGGUGGUGCCACCGCCUCCGCAGGAAAGCGAGGCCAGUGAAGGCGUCUCCGAUCUCGAGAUGCAGUCCGCACAGCAGCACCAGCACCGACACGAGGACCACUACGACGACAUCUACCUCGUAGACUGCCUGAAGCGACCGAUUUUGGGCAUGUUUUCCAGCUCAUUCCCAUCAGAAUCUGACGAUCACGAUGACAAAUUCGACAGUGUCUGA